AUGCGGGAGGAAGAACUCGAGUUAUCGCUUAAGGUGGUGAUAGUCGGUAAUGGUGCUGUGGGAAAAUCAUCAAUGAUACAAAGGUUUUGUAAGGGUACUUAUACUAGGGAUUAUAAGAAGACAAUUGGUGUUGAUUUUCUCGAACGUGAAAUAGAGAUAGAUGGCGAAGACGUGAGAUUAAUGUUAUGGGACACAGCAGGUCAAGAAGAGUUCGAUGCCAUAACGGCAGCUUAUUAUCGUGGAGCUCAUGCUUGUGUCCUUGCAUAUUCUGCUACAGAUAGAAAUUCUUUUGACGCUAUUCCCUCAUGGAAAUUAAAGGUACAUAUCAACAUCCACAUAUCCACAUCCACAUCCACACAUUCACAUCCACACAUUCACAUCCACACAUCCACAUCAUUACAUCCACAUCCACACAUCCACAUACACACAUCCACAUCUACACAUCCAGAUCCAUACAUCCACAUACUCACAUCCACAUCCGUACAAAAUGAGUAUGGUAUAAAACGUCAGAUAAUUCGGUGUAAAACGAAGGCUUCGUUACUGAAACGAUAA